AUGGACACAAGUACAGAAUCAACACCAAUUCCUGAAUAUGAAACUACAGUCUUCACACUGACACCAGACAAUUUUGGACCGAAUAGAGCAACUUUAUUACAUGCUCGAACAAUGAAAAAGAAUGAUCUAUACAAAGCUGUUCUCUAUAUACAUGGUUAUAAUGAUUAUUACUUUCAACAUCAUAUGUGUGCCCGUUUUUUGGACUUUGGUUAUGAUUUCUUUGCAAUUGACUUGCGAAAAUGCGGCCGAUCACUAAUUUUGCCUGAACAAAAUUCAUAUAAACACUACUGUACAGAUAUGCACGUCUACGAUGAAGAAAUUUCACUUGCCAUUGAACAUAUGAACAAACAAGCUGAAGCAUAUGCUAACAAAAAAUUUGCAUUGCUUGGCCAUUCUACAGGUGGACUAACCGCCAGUUUAUAUGCCUUGUCCGGCCCAAAACGUGAUGAUAUCGAUGCUCUUAUACUCAAUAGUCCAAAUCUAGUUGAACUUGACAAAACAAGGUUUCAAUCCGUUCUAGUGAACCUUCUUAUAGCAACGAAUGGCUCGCGAGAUAUCGUAGCUGGAUGGAACGGUCGAUCACUACAUAUAUCACAUAAAGGUGAAUGGGAUUUUGAUACGACCAUGAAACCUAUUGACACAGUACGCGUUCAUGGUUCAUUUUUUACUGCUUGUCGUCGAGCUCAACUUGAACUUGCACAACACGGUAGUUCUAUUAAAUGCCCUAUAUUGUUCAUGAGUUCAGAUCGAUCGCUCAAAUGCGAUACCGCUUGGCGCGAUGAGUAUGCUGAAGUUGACCUUGUACUCAAUGUUGAGAAUAUUCGACGAGCAGCAGCAAUGCUCGGUCAGCACGUAACAAUCUGCUCGAUAGAAAAAGCAACUCAUGAUAUAUUUCUAUCGAAACCACCUGUUCGUGAGAAAGCAUUCAAAUGCAUGUUUAGAUGGCUUGCAAGUCUUGAAUCUGAAUGGCUCGAAGAUACCUGA